UAUAAACGACCACGUGACAAUAGAUACAUCCGACCACAUAUUUUUUUAAAUAAAAACGUUUUUAAGUGUCAUGGAACACAGCCAAUUUUGAGGAUGGAAGAAUCGCUGGACGGUCGUGAAGGUGGAACAAGCGCGCCAGCGUUCGACUCGGCGGCCAUUUUGAAUGAUGACGUAUCACCAACUACUAGCUUCUGUUACAACAUACCGAAUUUAUUUAACGGUCUGGGACCAGGAUCUGUUCUCUGCGAGCGUCAGGAAACGGAAGUAGGUGACAGCUACACAAACCCUGAACCUGCGGAAGAACCGGACAAGCAACAGUAUGAAGAAGACGAGGAAUAUUCACCUAGCUCUGGUUCGAGAAGUGAUAUGCCUAAACGAAAACAGAGACGAUAUAGAACAACAUUUUCAAAUAUUCAGCUGGAGCAAUUAGAAGCUGCCUUUCACAAAACUCACUACCCUGACGUCUUCUUCAGAGAAGAACUCGCUAUGCGAAUUGACCUUACGGAAGCUCGAGUACAGGUGUGGUUCCAAAAUCGCCGUGCAAAAUGGAGAAAGCAACAGAAGUCAGGAUGUGAACCAUACCCGCGACCGAGAUCUCCAGAACAGCGCUCCCCUUCCUCCUUAGCACUAGAGAUGAGAGACUACAUUACAAUACCAGUAAGCUCACCUCAACUACUCAAUAUGGCGGAAGCUUCGAAUUCAAACAGUUAUGGGGGUAAAAAGCAAACUGCACCGGCCAUUCACAUAGCAGCAUUACCAACACGGCAGAACUCACAUCUAGACCUACCCUCAUUUUCAAUACCCAUCCAAUACAACCUUGGUAACUUCAAAAAAGCCAGUGAAGAUGUGCAAUUAAAUUUAGAAACAGAUGUCCAAACAAAUCAAUGGGAUUUAAGAAUGAUGCCAAACUUUAAUCUUAUGAAUAUUAAACCAAUUAUAGACACCCGGGAAAACUUAGACGUCAAGUACGAAGUUAAAAAUGAAAGUGUUAAUAGAACUAAUUAUAAUGAAAUAAAUAUAAAUCAAACGAUAGAAUCAGUGGAUCUUCUUGGAAAAGAAACUGUCAAUGAAGGACAAACUAUAUCCCCGGAUUUUGAAAUUGAAAGGUUUCAAUACCACAAUGAAAAUGAAAAGAGAUUCCGAGAAUCCUUCGAUGAAGCUAUGAUGGAAGAUGGAAGGAACGAGUUUGAAUGCGAUAAUGAUUUUCUUUGUAAGAAUAAUUAUGAAAAGAAUGAUGAGAAAAGAAGUGAAUUUGAAGAGUGUCAUUUGCUAGAUACUGAGGGUAGUGUUGCAGUUGGUAUAACUAAUUUUGAAAAUAAUUUGUAG